GCAUCGGACAUUCGCCUCACACCAUCCCUCAUGAAUGCAUGUGGCCAAGAGCUGCAGAGCCUGUGCCGCGAUGCGCCCCCCACGGAGGGGCAGGCGUUCAAGUGUCUGCAGGAGCACCUGCAGGACGUGGGCAUGGGCGCCGCGUGCAAGGGCGAGGUGAACCUGCAGGAGGCACGCCACGCGUCCAACUACCGCCUGGACGUGCGCGUGCGCAAGGAGUGCGAGGACGAUGUUACCAAGUUCUGCAACGGCGUGGACGCGGGGCAGGAGGGCCAUGCACUCGUGCUCAAGUGCAUGGUGCGCAGCUUCAAGAGCCUCUCUUCUUCCUGCCAGUCUGAGGUGUCCUAUGCAGUUCGCAUGGCACUCUUCCAGUACCACAAGGGGGCAGCGCUCACCCAACCCUGCGACACCGCUGUCGAAGAGCUCUGCAACACCGGCAGCGCCGCCGCUGCCACCACGCCCGUCAAAGAAAUCAACGGAGCCGUCAUUGGCGUGUACGGGCAGUGCCUCGUGUCGCAGAAGCGCCAGCGCCUGCCAGAGGAGUGCCGCACGCUGGUGAAGCUGGUGGCCAAGGAGGGCGCUUAUGUGGGCGGGAACGUGGACCAGAACAAGCUUGAGGAAACGCUCAAUAAGCUCAAGGCGCUACAGGAGGCAGCAGCAGCGGCGACAACAACAGCAGACGGCUGGAGGGUCGUUCCCCACGACACAGGGCUCGUCAUUUCCGGCUGGCUGGCUGCUGCUGCUCUCGCAGCCGUGGUCAUUGUCGCCAUUGCCAUCGGCUGUGCCGUUUACUACAGGUUCUUCAGCCCUACUCGCAACUACACUCUGGUUGUCAAGUCCGCUCCGGGUGCUGUUGGGGUGUAG